AGCAUUUUUCAUUAUAAUGGGUUGGAAGUAACGGAAGAAAUAUAUCUCGAUUAUGAAGAACCUUAUAAAUUACACAGUCUGGAAAUAAUUGAAGAUAACGAAGAAGCAUGGGGUGAAGAUAAUUUGAAUUCUCAACCUCAAUGUUCAAAUGUUGACGAAGAUUUUGACAAUUCUUAUAAAAGACGGGCUGUUGAGUAUUGGCGGAAUAGAGAUAAUGAAGAAAAUAAUAACGAUAGAACAAGGAGUCGUUCUCUAAAAUCAGUGCAACAUACAUUUAAAAAAGAGUUUCAUCUCUACGUCAGUUAAGACGGUGGGAAGAACAAUUGCAAUCAGGUGGAAAUCGUGUAGAAAAAUUAUCUUACAUCUCCAAAUUUACACAUGGUAAAUUUACUGCUGCUGUUGAAUCAGGAUUCAUGGUUCAUGAUAUUGAUAUAAAAAGAUGGGCUUUGCAAGCUCAGGAAGAAAUAGGAAAUUUACAUCCUAUAUUUAAAGCAUCUCCCAGUUGGGUAGCAAGAUUCAAAGAGUCCCACCGAAUUGUUUCAAGAAAAGUUACGAAGUUUGUCACUAGAAGAUCAUUGGAAGAUUCUGUUGAUUUGCAAAAAACAACUGAUGAUUUUUUGAAAGCAGUAAAGCCUCUUAUUGAACAGUUUGGAUCUAAAAAUAUUUAUAAUUCAGAUCAAAGUGGUUUCCAAUUGGAAAUUCAUUCUGGAAGAUCAUUGUCUAACGAAGGAGAAAAGAAAACAGAACGUGUCGUGCAGUCUAUAUCAUCAACGACACAGUCAUACACGAUACAAUCAAUAAUAUCGUGUGAUGGCAAAUUGCUGUCACCUUUAUUUAUUGUGUUAAAAGAAGUUCAUGGUAGAUUUGGACCAAGAGUAGAAGAAAACUUGUUUAAACCAAUAAAUGUUAUUGUAAAAGCAUCGAAAUCUGGCAAAAUGACAUCAGAUCAUUUUAAAAUGUGGUUAGAAGAAGCUUAUUUUCCAAACAUUGGUUCUAAUAGCGUUCUUCUUAUCGAUUCAUGGACUGGACAUUGCCCUAAUAUCAUUUCGGAUUUAACACCUUCGGGAAAACGUAUUACUACUAUGAUAAUACCAAAAGGCACUACAGGAAAAAUACAACCAUUAGAUGUGUAUGGAUUUAGAAUUUGGAAAAAUUUUGCUAAAAGAUUUUCAGAUAUUGUUUUACUAUUGGAAAGCGAUAUAAAUUUGCAUGAACGAAAUAAUAUAAUAAAGUUGCAAUCACUGAUACAUAAUCAGUUGUCAUCCCCACGAUAUCACAACUUGUUUAAAUAUUCGUGGUUUAAAAGCGGUUAUACAGACGAGAAACCAGAAGAGUUUAAAAACCCUGUACAGUUUAGUUUUGACGAAACUUCAACUACAUGUGAUAUCGAAGGUUGUAACAAUAUAGCGGUAAUAAGAUGUUCGUGAUAUAAAAAGUCAUUAUGUUUGAAACACUUUUUCCACGAAUAUCAUUAUUGUAAUGAGUAUAAUGAGAGCGAAUAACUCUAAAUAUAAAUUUAUUAUGUUCUUUUAAUUAUUAAGUACGUUUAUGAAUUAUUGUGUAAACUACAAAAUAUAAAAGCAUAAAUAUGU